AUGUCUGCUCCAGUUCGCAUUUCUACCCCAGUUUGUGUUUCCUCUGAAAAUAUCGUCGAUACAAGGCCAUUGCUUACCUUGGUGGAGGACAAUCAUGAUGCGAUCAUCUUUGAUCCCGCCUUUAACUGGUUUGCACCUGGCGAAGAGGGAAAAUAUCACUCACAGUUCCAUCAGGGCUCCCCAACCAUCAGCGUCGAAUUCGUUGGCUAUGUCCUGCAGUUCUCGAACCCACAUCAGCCAAUGAUCUACCCUCUAUAUCUCAAGUGCCAGCUUUUCCAGAUUGCUUAUUUGGAAACACCUAUGCUGCAUAGCUCUGCAUUCGAGCUCGCUGGAUUUGAGGUUCCGUUGUUUGCUGUAGUGCUGCAGGCCAUGGAAACUGCUCUUCCUUGUUUGAAUCUGCAGUGGGUGUGGGGCAGGACUGGCAUCGACAAUGUGCUCCACGGUGUGUAUCACUAUAUGGACGUGGCUCGCGCCCAUGAACCUGAGGUCAAAGUGAACCUCAUGGGGUACCCUUUCGGGUACUAUGUCGCAGUCAUUCCUGAUAUUGAUGCUUCAAUUAACGGAUCGACAAUCCUUCAGAUGACAUGGAUGGGCUCCUUGGUCAUGAUGCUCGGCACUCCUCACACCACUGUGGUCGACAAGCUGCCCCGCCCGAAAAAGAUCCUAGCUGCACACAGUUUACAUCAAAUUAUGGAGAUGUGCCCGAACUGGCACAAGGUUCUUGCAUACUUGUGUAUGCUUUUAAGGGUGGCUAUAUGCUGUGGUCGCACUGAUAAUCCAUAUCUCCUCGUCAAUGUGGAGUUUUCUGCGCGCCGAUUGGAAAUAAUUCGUAGCAUUUGGCCUGAAUGCCUUUUAUGCGCAAACGUCACCUCUGAGAACUUGGAAACAGUGCUCACCAAAAUCACACAAGUUCCGAUGUCACACAAUGAUGUCUUAGCACUCGCUAGUCCAUGGAUUACCCAGUUCAUGUAUGACAACCGUCGUGUAGUGGUCAACAGCAUGGACGAUCCUCGUAUCUUUGGCCUGGGUAAUUUCUUUGGGUUAGCACAAAGGGAGAUCAUCGUUGACCUGUUAAAGAUGUUUCUGUGCCCCUAUGCGCAUACAUUCCCAAUCGAGGUUAAUUUUCUUCAGGCUUCACUUUCACUGGCCAACACUUAUUUUGCCCUGCAGCUUAAUGGUUUUGCUGCAUUCCUCAUGCUACAGAUUGUCAAAGAGCUUGUUUAUCACAUGAUCUUCAGGACCAUGUCGACGAGCCGCAUCCGAUUUACCAUCGCUGACUUAGAGCCUGCUACAUUCAGGACUGUUGCCAAUCCUCCAGUGGACACAUUGGCCUUGGCGGGAUCCAGCAUCAGUGCCUUUUACUCUGAGUCUAUUGAAUGUUACCAAGCCCUCUUGGCGAGACUCCUGUCCCUCUGUGGGGCAAAUGAGGCGAUGCCAGAUUAUCCUAGUGUGGCUCAAAUAUACAGCGAACUUCACGAGAUGGCUAUCAUGCUUCUCCAGCAGGACAAUGAUCUGUCCAUCACAUGA